AUGAUGGGGAUAAUACGGCACGCCGAGAAGGCGCCCACGAACAUCCUCUACAAAGUGGACGACAUGACGGCAGCCCCGAUGGACGUCAGGCAGUGGGUUGAUACUGACGAGGCGGGUGGUGAGAACGUUGUGGUACCGCCAGGAACUUACGUGAAAGUGGCCGGUCACCUGCGGUCUUUCCAGAAUAAGAAAAGCUUGGUGGCAUUUAAGAUCGUGCCUCUGGAAAAUAUGAAUGAGUUCACCACGCACAUUCUAGAAAUUGUCAACGCGCAUAUGAUCCUCAGGAAGAACCUUAUGGUACCGUCGAGAGCGCCGCAGCCGUUCGCCUCCGCCGGGCUGGGCGAGAUGGGGGGCUACGGCGGAGGGGGCAGCCUGCCCGUGAACGGACUCACAGCGCACCAGAGCCAGGUGCUGAACCUGAUUAAAAACUGCCCUGUCCCAGAGGGUAUGAGUCUUCAAGAGCUGAAACUUCAGCUACACAAUAUGAGCAUGUCAACCAUAAAGCAAGCUGUUGAAUUCCUUAGCAGCGAGGGACACAUCUACUCCACUGUGGAUGAUGAUCACUAUAAGUCAACGGAUGCUGAGUAA